ACUUCCUCCUCCUCCUCCUCCUCAUCUUCCUCCUCUUCAUCCUCCUCCUCCUCCCCCUCUUCCACCUCCUCCUCCUCCUCCUCCUCUUCCUCUUCCUCCCCCUCCUCCUCCUCCUCCUCCUCCUCCUCUUCCUCCUCUUCAUCCUCUUCUUCUUCUUCUUCUUCUUUAUCAUCUUCAUCUUCUUCUUCUUCUUCUUCUUCCUCUUCGUCUCCUCUUCUUUCUUCCUCCUCCUCCUCCUCUCUCUCCUCCUCCUCCUCCUCUCUCUCCUCCUCCUCCUCCUCCUCCUCCUCCUCCUCCUCCUCCCCUGGAAUCUUCUGUCUGCAGCAAAAUAUAACCAGGGAUGCAAUGCUUCGCUGGGAUUCAGGUAUUUCACUUUUUUCCGGGAUGUCUCGCCGAGUGUGUCUGGGGCUCCUACGUAGAAGCUCGCUAUACACCCCACAGUAUACACAUAUCACCCUCAACCUAAGACUACUAAGUAACACCCAACACGUUGUUAUCCCAGAAAAUCCUUCGCGUAACACGGCCGCGCAGGUUCCCAUGGCCAGCACCUGUAACAGCUGCUAUAAAGAGAGAGGGGAAAAAGAACUUUGA